GAAAGUGUGACGACACGCCUCUGUCAUGACGCGCGGAAGUAACUCGCCUGCCUUUCCCACAUGGUGAAAAUGGCUGCUAAUGGGGAAAAACAACAGGGCCACAGAGCCGGCAUAUACAAGCAGAAAAACAAAGGGCACAAACAUGGCAAGCACCGGACGAAAGGGGAAAUCGAGAGAGAAAACAAAGGUAGAGUAUCAGUGACGGCCCUUACCAAAAAACAGAGGAAGGAGCACAAGAAGAUGGACAGAAGGCACAAAGCAAACCAGCUCCGCAGGAAUAAGAAAGACAUGGUUCUGACAGAAAAACGUCGUCUAGGCAGCAGGGACGGUCCCCCUCAUUUGGUCGCUGUGGUGUCACUCCAUGCCGGAGUCGAUGCUGGCGCCGUUACCAAGCUGCUACGUGGGGAGGGUGCUGGGGGUGUCGUACAUCAGGAGCGGGGCAUCAGCGCCAUCAGUGACAGUUUUGGGCUGAUUCUGCCUCGUUUUAAACAAAGAUUCACCUUUCUAACCCAGAACACGGCUGACAUACACUCCCUGCUGGAUGUGGCAAAGAUUGCAGAUAGCCUUGUGUUCGUGCUGGACUCUGCUGAAGGUUGGGACAGCUAUGGGGACUACUGUCUCUCCUGCCUCUUUGCCCAGGGCCUCCCCAGCCAUGCACUGGUGUGUCAGGGAGUGACCGAUCUCCCUGUGAAGAAAAGAGUCGAGUCAAAGAGAGCUCUGUUAAAAAUCACUGAGAUCCGUUUUCCUGAUGCCCGUCUCUUCCCCCUGGAUUCGGAACAGGAUGCCACGCUCCUUCUCAGACACCUGGGCUCCCAGAGACAGAGAAAACUCGGCUUCCGCUCUAGACGUCCCCAUCUUGUGGCUCAGCAUGUCACUUUCACACCCAACAGCCCUGCUGAGGGGACAGGUGGUGGGCCAACUGGCUUGGGCACGCUCUGUGUGUCUGGGUAUGUCCGUGGUCGUCCCCUACGGGUUGACAGGCUCGUGCACAUCAGUGGACAUGGAGACUUUCAGCUCAGUCAGAUUGACGCUCCAUCAGACCCUCUGCCCCUCAACUCAGCAACAGCUAGACCGGCAAAGUCUGGCAAGGCAGGAGAUAUUGACAUGUUGGACGGAGGUGAAGAUGAGGCUGCAGUGCGGGUGCUCAUGAAAGCAGAUCCAUCCUGCAGGGAGAGCCUGCAGACAGAGGCAGAGGUUGACCCCAUGGAGGGGGAGCAGACGUGGCCGACAGAGUCAGAGCUGCUGGAAGCUGAAGAGAACAGGAAGAACAAACGUGUGAUGAAAGUCCCCAAAGGAACAUCAGAUUACCAGGCCAGCUGGAUCGUUGAUGAAGAUGAGGAGGAGGAGGAUGGAGAUCUGGAUGAAGAAAGUAGUGACGACGACGACGACGACAUGUUGGACGAGGCGAUGGACGGAGAGGACGAGGAGAUUAACUCUCAGGAAUCAGGUUCAGCCUGUGCCUCAGAGGAUGAAGAAGAGGAGGAAGAGGAAGAGGUGUGCUCCACAGAGCGAACGGGAGCAGACCAGCGCUAUGAUGAGCACAUAGACGAAGCUGCAGAAGAAGAAGGCCUAAAACGCUACCGCGAGGCUCGAGCCAACGAGAUGUUUCCUGACGAGGUGGACACGCCGCUUGACGUGGCAGCCAGAAUCAGGUUCCAGCGCUACAGAGGUCUAAAAAGUUUCCGCUCCUCACCAUGGGACCCCAUGGAGAACUUGCCUCUCAACUACUCGCGCAUCUUCCAGUUCCAGAGCUUUGAACGCACUCGCCACCGCAUACUGGCUGAGGCUGCAGCUGAGGAAGAGGGAGCCAUGGUUGGCUGGUAUGUCACGCUCCACAUUCAAGAUGUGCCUUUUUCUGUGAUGGAGAGUGUGCAGUCGGGCAGGCCUCUGAUUUUAGUGUCUCUUUUGCCCCACGAACAGAAGAUGUCAGUGAUGCACGUCUUGGUGAGGAGACACCCGAGCAACACGGAGCCGAUCAAAUCUAAAGAGGAGCUGGUGUUUCACUGUGGAUUUCGGAGGUUCCGGGCCUCUCCUAUCUUCUCUCAGCACACCUCAGCUGACAAACAUAAGAUGGAGCGGUUCCUCAGGCCAGAUGCCCCCACUGUGGUGUCGGUAUACGCCCCCAUCACCUUCCCCCCUGCGGGAGUCCUGCUCUUCAAACAAAGGAGUGAUGGCAUCCAGGACCUUGUGGCUACAGGCAGUCUGCUUAGCUGUGACCCUCGGCGUGUUGUCCUGAAGAGGAUUGUAGUGAGCGGCCACCCGUUCAAAAUCAACCGGCGCUCUGCGGUUGUUCGUUACAUGUUCUUUAACAGAGAUGAUAUAAUGUGGUUCAAGCCAGUGGAGCUGCGAACAAAGUGGGGUCGGAGAGGUCACAUCAAGGAGGCGCUAGGAACACACGGUCACAUGAAGUGCGUAUUUGAUAAUCAGCUGCGCUCUCAAGACACAGUCUUGAUGAAUUUGUACAAGAGAGUGUAUCCCCGCUGGACAUACGACCCCUAUGUGCCCUUGUCUUUACCCUGGGUCAAGAGAGAGGUCACAGUGGAUAUGGACGACCUGGACAUGGAAUAGUGGAGGAAGAACAUGAGAAUGCAAGAAAGACAGAGGACAUGUAUCAUCAAACGUACAUCAGUGUGAUCACACGACAAUUUCAAAGACUGUAAUGUGUAUUAAUUAAAACUAUUUUGAUCCAAA